AAAUGUCAACUCCGAAGAGAUUCAAAAUGGCUGAUGAUAAACAAUUCUCAUCAAAAUUAGGUGAAUUAUCUAAAAAAAUUGAAACAAAAGUUGAAGAAUUGUCCAGAAAUUAUAAUGAUAUUCAGCUGAAAGAACUUCUUGUUGAACAUGGCCUUGAAAAUGUUCCACUUACCUCGCAUACUAAAAAAGUUGUAAUUAAGAAACUGGCUCAGAAAAUUCUUGGUGUUGAUGGGGAAACAAUUGCUUGCGAAACAAGAGACGCAAAAGACAGUAAAAACCAAAAGAAUAGUGUGACGCCAUCAGCAGAAAGCAAUAACAACACAAGCACAACAGAAAUGCGCAGAAAUCUACAGGAAGCCAAGGAAACUCUGUCCUUGUGUCUGGAAGAAUCAAACAAAACUCACUAUGCUGUCUGCAUUCCUGGCUCAGUUAACGCCAUAACAGUACACAGUGACUUCAGGGAGGUGUUGAAAAUAAUGAAAGAAAAUAAACUACUCAACCCUCGGAUGUUGUCUUUUCGUAAUUUGGCUGAAGCUGAAAACUUUGCUGAGCAGAACUCUGCCAACGAAGUUUGUGAUGGGGCCACUAUCAAGUCUAAUUACCCACUGGAAAAAGCAGAAGUAGAAUCAGGUGAGGUCAAGUUGUUCCCAUCUCUGGCACAGUCACAGAUCAAUGAGUUCAGGAUACAACUAGAAAAGGGAAAUAUUAAUUUUUGCCGUGAAAAGAUUCUGGGCAACCCCAGGUUCCUGAUCGGCAAUGGUGACAUGCCUACAAUCUUGAAGGAAGGAACCCGCUACAAUGCUAUGCAUUCCAGCGUCAUCGCUGGGCAGAUAGAGUCUUGCCAGUUGGUGAUGGAGAUGGUUAGUGAUAUAGAGUUCUUGAAGCGAAUGUAUGGCACCCAGCAGCGUGCAGAAGAAAACUCUAAAAGACUUGUGGAUUUGUAUCUGAACACACCUGAUAAAUCAGUGAUUCACAGUGAAUUGAAAGAAAACUCUAAAAGACUUGUGGAUUUGUAUCUGAACACACCUGAUAAAUCAGCCAAUAAGACCCCCUUACAUUUUGCUAGUGAGAAGGGAAUGGUUGAUAUUGUGGCUUUUCUAGUCAGCUUCAAGGCCUGCAUUCGAAACUUCAACAAACAUAUGGUUUUCAACAUUAGAAAGGGAGAUAAACACUAUGAAUCAAGAACCUGCACUGGCAAGACUCCAGAAGAGCUUGCUUGUUCCAGGUACAAUGGUCCAAACCCAGCCACAGUCAAAGCUAAAAUCAUCAAUCUAAUCCAAGAGGGGACAUGCUACGUACCCCUGAUUAGGAGUGACACAACCGGACCAUACGCCAUGGUUGGCAACCCGUACACCCCAUCCUCCCCCUACAAUCUAGUCACUGAAAUAGAGGAUUCGUUCAAUCCUGCGUCAGACGUUGUAUUAAAAGACUUCAGGAAUAUGAAAGUCUGGGCCUACGCUGGCCCUAUGUCUCCACAGGAGGCCCAGGAUUUUAAACUAGAAUGGAAAUGCCCAAGAGUAAAAAGACCGGACAAAUACAACCGGGAGAAUUUAAAGGUCGCAGACAGUGAGAGAGGCUUUGAGCGCUUCGGCAGAGAACUGGCAGAUGCCCAUUCAACAUCCUGGCAGGAGUACUGGCCGUUUCUUGAUGCCUUUGCUGACUUGCGGUCAGAAGAUGGUUUGGACAAGUUGGAAAUUUUCUUCCAGAAACAGAGGAUCCUCAUCCUGAUGCAGUGUUACCUGCUGCAACAGGCCCAUUUUGUGCCCGCCCCACCUUACAAAGUUGGACCAGACUACGUCCUCAGGCACAGCAGCUUUAGCAAGUUUGAGGACAGCGGUGGCGACAACGAGACUUUUUUCUCCGCAGACAGCCUCAGCGAUGAUGACGACGACAAUUUGAACAACACGUCUGGUGAUCGGGGCCACACCAGCGGUAAAAAGCCGACCAAGUCUAGUAAAGAAUGCGACCUCCACGCCAAGGCUGGUCUGUUGUCCUCCCUCUGGACUGGCCUGACCAGGAUCAAAAGUUACCUGUCCCCAAGUACCUCCAGAAGCAACAUCAACCAUAAUGUCAGCAAUCGGACAAACCUAGCAGAGGAUAUGUCCGAAUCCGAUAGCGGAUCAGGCUCAAAGAAUUUAAAACCUGAGGAAACUCAGAUCAAGGAUAGAGAUAAUCUGUGCGAAGGAAGUUCGGUGGAAGCCGAUAUUUCUCAACCCGAUCCUCAGUCUCAAGACUCGCUGAAAUUCCACAGCAGUGAUAGUCAACUCACUGAGUCCGUAAAAUUCCACAGCACUGAUAGCCACCCGACAGAGUCACUGAAAUUCCACAGCAGUGAUAGCCAGCUCACCGAGUCCCUAAAAUUCCAAAGCAUUGACAGCCAACUUUCAGAUUCCCUAAAAUUCCACAGCAGUGAUACUCAGCUUUCCGAAACGCUGAAACUGGAUCUUCUCCAUUUCUCAGGUUCUAAUAGUAUGUACACCCCGGAGCCAUCCAAAUCUUGCUCCAAAGUUCUUGACGCUGACGACAGCUCAUCGUCCGAGUUGUCGUUUUCAUUGAGACAUCUUGAACACCAGCCCCUGAAAUACUCCCCCGACAGCCCCUCCCACCUAGACAGCUCCCUCUCCCCCAGGCACUGGAAGUAUCGGACAUCCAAGCCUAACUUUGACAGCCCAGAGAAAUCACCCAGGAAAGACCUCCGCUUAAGCCCUGACCUCGACUACACCCGAAAAAGUAAAGACUCAUCUGGGAAAAACUUUCACCCGGAAAUAUCCGCAUCGACACCCAACAAACCAUCAUCCAAACUUAAUGACAGUUUUAACUCUAAAAUGGACUCUAUCUGUAGCAAAUUAGAAAAUUUCUCAAUCGCCACACCCGAAAAGUCGCUGUCAUUUAGAACAACAUCAUCCCUCACAGACAAUGACAAUUUUGAAACGGCUUUAGAGCCUAGACUGCAUAUAUUUACAGGUAAAAUGUUCGCCAAGUUCACAUCUGAAAUCAACUCUUGGAGGACUCGUUCUAAAAAUGAAGAGAGCUCCCCUAACCUAAAAACUCUGUAUCCCAUCCUGUGCUUGCGCCAGGACUUAGACCAGGAAACUGUGAUCGCCGACGUCUUUUUGCCUUUAUUAGAGGGAGGCGCCGGGAGGUACAAGCAUGCACUGCACGGGCAGGUCUUAGAGGAGCAGGCGCACAAAGAACUGGUGAAACAUGUCUGGGUCAACUUUUUGGCAUUCUUCCCCACGUCCAAUGAUGCCAAAAGAAUCUGCGGCUUGCUGAAAGAUGAGGUCAUGACAGCAGUCAUAGAAGGGUUGCCUGGAGACAAGGAUGCCUUUUUGAUUGACAGAAACGUCAGGUCUGACACCACCAACCUGAAGAAGCUUUACAUGGAAUGCCAGAAUGAGCUGGAGGAGACAGAGAGGAGUGUAUGUGUUGAGGUGCGGGUGAUCAGGACAGCAACAAUUCCCUGCCAAGAUAUUUAUGUUUGUGGGUGUGUGCCAACAAAAGUUGAUGCUGACGUAUACAACACUUUGAACCAACAGACUUGUGAUUACGUCCAUCGUCAGGACCACAGGUUCCCAUUGAUCCAUCAGUGGCUGACACAGAUGGAAAAGCCUGGCAAGGAUCACAUUAACAGCCUACCAAGUCCUUCUCGGCUUAGGCGCCUGGAGAGACAAACUCCACUGCUUCCACCCAUCAGUCCAUUGGCAACAACAGAUAAAACCAGAGACCCAGAGAGGGAAAUGGCUACCCCUAAAACUAGCAGAGGAAGUCAUCCUAAAGAAAACAUACCUAUUAAGAAUUUAUUUUCUUAAUACACAUUUUUUUACUGGGAAUUGUUUUUAAUCUUUUAAAUUUACUUACAUAUUUGAAAUCUUGUAAUGUCAUUUUUGUUUGAAUUGAAUGGGUUGUUGGUAAUAUUUGGUAAUUGUGAAUCUAAUGUCUGUUGGUUUUUUAACCAGUUAGAAAUGAUAGAUAACUCUGGGGUACUUUUCUCUUGGAGGAGUUAAUGUUUAUCUCCUUUAUUGGGAUUUUUUCCUAAAAUAAACAUUUGAUUCAUAGUUGAUCUUUUAAUCUGCCUACCUGUAUCUACCUGACUUCUCCACUUUGACCUAAAUGAUUCUCUGUCUGUCCUUUCCCCAAACUUCACUUCAUGCCUCUUCUGUAUCCAUCAGAAUUCUCUCAUAACCUGAUUUCCUGUCUGUCCUUUCUUGAUAUGUCAGCCCAUUCUCUUCACACCUUCUCUUACUCAUUAGCGUUCCUGUCUUCUUGAUAUCUUCUUCUUAAUUACUAAGUAAUAAAAUGAAUUAAAUUUCUAAGUUUAACACAUUUUGUACAUACACAAUAGAAAUUAUGUUUUUGAGUGUUGCAAUCUUUUUGGUUGGUUUUAUUGUAAUAUAUCAGUGUUUUUUUUUUUUAAAUAAAGAACAUGCAAAUACA